UGGUCGCGCGGUUCGGUCGUACUCACCCCCACCCGCACGUUGGUCAUCGCGUCCUUCACUAGCUUCGUUUCCGCGUGUUGACCGUGUGGUAUCGCGUCCCGUUUGUCGUCUAUGCGUCGGUCGUAGCGCGGUCGUAGCCACACACUUCGCUUACCGGUAGGUACACGGAGAGAGGCGAGUGUCCAGCCGUAGCGGCGGCCGAGGCGUGGCGGUGUUGGCCGUGGCGGCCGCGAACGUGCGAUGGACUUGUGACGAUUACGACGACGACGGCGGCUGCGGCGGCGACGACUACUCCUGCGCCUCGCCGGUGCGGGGCGGCUGGAAGAGCGUCGCGUGCGCCGGACACACGCUGCACCGAGGCGGCAUAGCGGGCAGCAUGUGCGCGGUCAGCCGGGCGCCGGAGAACGUGUCCCGGACCAGCGUGGCGUUCGGCGUCGCGUCCCUGGCCAUACUGGUUACCGGGUUCGUGACCGGCUCGUGGGUGACCACUCGCGAACCGUACCGGGUGCCGGGCUCGGACGCGUACACGGCCGCCGCGUUCCGCAUCGGUCUGUGGAAGAUAUGCCCGACGUUGAAGAACAUCAACUCCACGUCCGAUUUGCGAUCGCUAUCCUGUAAAUAUAUUCGGUACACCAGUGACUGGGAUUUGGAUUUGGCCAAAGAAGACAUCGGUGUUGAUUCUGAUGUUUAUUUUACACAAUCGUUUGUUGCCAAAAUGAGAUGGUGCACACCGUUGGUCAGCAUCAGCUUGUGCUUAAUGUUGGCCGGAUGUGUUUUCUCGUUCAGUGGACAUCUUUACAAAGAUCAAAAGACACUAAUUGCAUCAUCUUUACACACGUUGGCCGGGCUAAUACUGGCGGCCGGGCUGUUCGUGUUCGCGUCGGUGCUCAACGACAGCUUCUCGCCUGUCGUCUACCAAUCGGUUGACGGCGACGAUACGGACGACAGCGAUGAGUUCGACGGCGGACUGCGGUCCGACUACGAUUACCGGUACGGUUGGUCGUUCGUCGCGUGCAGCCUGGCGUUCCUGGCGUCCGAGGCGUCCGCCGUGUUCACCAUCACCGCGUACUUCCGGCGGCUAGAGGACCGCGUCCAGUACACGGCCGUCGACCGCAAACCGUCGCUAGACACCACGCCGUCCACGUGCGGCGGCAGUGGUGGCGGCGGUGCCGGUGAUCGGUCGUCCGCUUGUUCCGUGGACACGCGGCCCGAUUCGCCGAACGCGGCCGACACCAUGUCACGGACGGAACAGUUGUCCGCGACCGCGACGUCCGGACGGCUGUCCGCGUCGCAAUGCUCGCCGUCCGGCGGCUGCGAACAGUCCACGUCGUCGUCGAUGUCGGGCGCCCCGGCCGAGGCCAACGGGACGGCCAGCAAAACGCCUCCCGACAUAUGUCCGUCGAAAAUCGGUCGCGACGACGCGGCCCCGACUACGGGCGUCCUGCCGCAGCCGCCAACGUCGACGGCCAACAACGGCAAACCUAGUCUGGCGGCCAUCGGCUACGGCAGUAGUGCGACGCUCGGCCGCCCGGCCGCGCAGCAGCAGCACAAGCACCACCAGCACCAUCUGCAGCACUACCGACAGACGGUGGCCGUGGACGGCAACGGGUCGUGCUACGAGGUAGACACCACCAAACCGUGCACGUGCACGUCGGCUUCGACCACCAAACGGUACGCGACCAUAGCUGGCGUGGCCAGGCACAACGGUGGCAGCAAACAUCUGCAAUACACGACCACCGCGCUGUCCACUGCCACCACCACCAACAACAACAACAACAACCACAUCGGCGGCGGGAAACGGUCCGCCGUCGGUCUGGCCGCCAUCAAGGAGUGCGCUGGCGCCUCCGAUCACCAUCAGCACCACGGCGGCGGUGUCCAUCUCCGGAAACCCGAGCCGCCGACCAGGCGGUUGAAAGCGUCCGUCGGCGGCUACGUGAUACCGCAGACGCCGAUCGCCGCGCUCGAGGCGCUCGACUGUCCGCCGGCCGCCGAUCCGCGUCUCGUCCUGCCCAGUUCGGUAUGACGAAAGUGUCGCGUCGUACUCGGCCAGGACGAACACGCCGUUUGACGACGCGACGCACGGAUCGCGGUUCGGGCGGAAACGCCGUCCGCGCACGUACAUCCUACACAUCGCACGCGCCAUCCGUUCGGUGUUCUCGGGCCCGUUUCACGCACGUCCGCACCACUGCACCGGGUUUUCGUCGGCGUUCCGAUCCGACUGAGAGAGAUCGUCUGAACAAUGCAUGCCUGUAGGUGUCAUACAUUCGAUAUCGACCCACCCCCCUACCCUUUCUUCGAGGUCUCGCGGUGCUGGUCCGACUCGAUCUUGGAGCAGGAAUUUCAUUUUUUAUUUUUUUUUCCUCCGGUCCGUUAAUAUAAACUCGUAACGGACGACUAACGACGAUAAAAAACAAACGUUGGGGCUGGAGAAAAACCAAAGCCCGCGACUCGUUCCUGUAUCAUUGGGGAGAUGAAACGAUUGAAUAUUUUUUUCGCCUAUUGAUGGAUGUUUGAUGGAUGAUUUUACAGUAAUACGCUCCACCGAUUUAUAAUCACAUCCACACAGUGAUUUUUCGAAAACCUCAUUGAAAGUUCCUGCUAACGUUAAGAGCACUCCGGCGAUAUCCGAAAUUUACAAAAAAAAAUUUAAUUUUUAAGAGUCGAUCCGUUGACGUAGAAACAUUUUUGAGAAUUGCAUAGGACAAGUCAUUUAACGGCGACAGAUUCGUAAGUUAUAUCCAGUUCAUCACGUUCGUGUACAACAUGUAGAGAUCGGAAAUAAGUGUAGAAAAUAUUAAUUUUCAUUCGGCUUGAAAAAUGAUAUAUUAUUUUUACCAACAGAAGCGUUGUGCGAUACGCCAUCCGUUUCCACGAUUCUCGCGUUCAUAAACAUACGCACAGAAAUAGGGUUUAAAAUACUUACACGCAUAUGUUUACCGUUAACGUGCUUCACAAGGAUUUUAUGUUACACAAUACGCGGAAUCACUUGGAAAAACAAUAAUAUAAUACGUAUGUAGCAACGAAACAACACGUUAUAAUUUAUUAUCAGAGGAGAGUGAAUAGCAGCUGCGCAUGUGUUAUUAUUAUGUAUAUAUUAUUAUUGUAUGAUCCGAUUAUUCUACAUUUUCGGUUCGCGAUCCAAUGGCGGAAAGCUAUGGCGCGUGAUGACAACGCGCGGAAUAAUAAGGUUUUUCGCGUACCGCUGUCGUCAGAAAUAGUCGACGUAAAUAGUCCUCCAGAGUAUGGCGAAUAAUCCGCGCGACCAAAAGCUACAACCGGUGCAGUAGAUGUUCAAUGUUAUUACCGUUUGAACGUACAUAAUAUUUGCAUGUGCAAUGUUCAUUACUAUUUUCACGUUAUUAUAGUACAAAAACAUUGCGUUUUGAUUCUUCCGAACACAAAUAUUUUAUCGCCGUCACGUGUAUCAUACGUUUAUCGUGUGCGCCGGUUAAGAACGCGAAAAACAAAUGAUGUGCUAAUGUACUAAUGCGUCUGGACACGACGAACCAACGUUUGAGCGAGAAAAAAAAAUUUUUACUCAAAGGGUUUUCGUUUUUCGUAUCAUAAAUUGAACGAUACGAGAAACACGCGGUGUAUCGGAAAACGUUUUCUCAGAUGUGCGCAGCUGUCCGUGUCCAAAGGCUAAUACCGACAUCCGGUCGUCUUACGAUCGUCCACUCGGUUUUUCGUUUUCCAAUUCGAUACGCGUGCACGGGAAAACGUGGAUAAACGGGAUCGGUCCCCGACGUAUAAUCAUAAUCGCGCAACAACAGAAGAAACGCCAGAAAUAACAUUAUACAUUGUAAGACGUAAACAAUUGUUGGUGAGAUGCGACUACGUUUAACGGUAUUGCGCCGAUCGUUAUGUUUAUUACCACAGAAUAGUAAUUGUAGUAUAAUAUAGUAGUGAAUAGUUAAAUAAACAUUUGGAGAAAGAAUCUACAAUAUCGACAAAAUAUACAGGGUUUAUAUGUUAUAAAAGUAACAUUACUUAAGUGGUCGCAUUUAUUUUGUUUACAGUCCGCCAUUCGUUUUUUCAUACUGUCCAUAACUUUCUGUAAAGUAUGCACAUCGAUGGCUACAAUUUCCCGUCUAAUGUUUUCUUUCAACUCUAAUGAUGUGCGUGGCUUAUUAGUGAAUAGAUUUUAGGAAGCCCCAUAAAAAAUAAUUAGGUGGCGUUGAAGCAGGAGAACGUGGUGACCAAGCAAUAUCACCAUUGGCCAUUUGAGUAACGUAAUUUUUAUAAGUUAACAUUUUUAUUGAUAGUAGUUAAAUGUAAUCUUCGCGUUGAAUAAAAUAAAUAAUUUUUCAUUAUUUUGUUUCUAAUUCUUGACUAAACUAAUAAACUUCAAUUAAAAUUCGUCAGAACCCACUGCCUCGCCGUGUAUAUAUUUCCUUAUUAGAAGAAAAAAAUAUUGUUAUCUUUCACGCUUUAAUGUAUACCAUCUGCCUCGCACCGGUUUCGCACUUAUGUUACCGCUUAAUAUUUUACUUCAAUUCAGAGCAGACAAAUGUUAAUUAAUUUUUAAGGUAUCUCGACAAAUAUAAAUUACACCAGUAUGCUGUGUACAAAUUUACCGUAAUAUACAUACACAUCAGAUUUUUUUAUUCGACUUUUUUAAACUUUUCUUUUAACAGAACACCAGCAAAUUAUAUAUCUUGAUUUUCCUCGUAAAAUACUAUCCAUUAGUGAAAACCAAAGUAGAAACCGAUCAAUGGACGUACAGAGAAAACCAAACACAGGUGCACUGAAGGACUUUGCCUUAUACUAUGUAUAGAUAUAUUUUCUAUACUAUUAAAAGCAUUAUUAUUUUAGCUCUAACAAGUUCCUUUACAGCAUAAAUAAUUUAUAAGAUAAAACAACUUUUAGAAACUUUGGUUUUGGCACAAAUUAAUUUAAUUUUGAUUUAUUUAGUUAGGAACAAUCAAUCUAACAAAAAUUGUAUAGUAUUAUUUGUUU